AAGAGCUUUGUGCUCUGAUAAUAUUUCCCUUGAUUCAACCAGCAUGAAACAACAUAAAAAUAAACACUCUUUUCGGUCACACUGUGGUAUUAAUUGGCUGCUUUAACUAUUAUACCAAAAUGACUUUUUUUCCCCUCCUCUCCUAAGGGAAGAAUAAUACCACAUCGUAAAAAUGAGAUUUAUUUCAAGAAUCCAUCCUAAUGCUGUGGCUUACUCCAUGACCACAUUAGGGGCAGGAAUGAUGAACAGCAUAUUUAAUUUCUACUAUGUAAAACUGUUUUUGAACCAGUACAAGAUCUCGGAAGGUGCAUUCCAUCAAGCACAGGUUGUUUUUAUGAUCUGGAACGCACUCAAUGACCCGCUCUUUGGCUAUAUUCAAGACAACUCUAAAGCCCCAUGCUGCUCCAGGCGCCAGGCUUCCAUUUUCUACGGGGCACCAUUGUAUGCUCUGGCCUUUCUGCUCCCCUGGUUUCCAUGGAAACAAUAUCAAGAAGGUGACUGGCUGAGUGGGCUUCACCUCGUCAUUGCUCUGUGUGCUUUCGAUGGAAUGCUUACGUUUGUCUUGCUGGCGCAGUGUGCCCUCUUCGCAGAGACAUCCACCAGGCAUGACAGCAGGCUUCAGCUCAUCAAGUACAACCAAGUGGCCACAUUAGCCGGCUCCACCAGCAUCCUUUUCUGUGGCUUGAUAUCCAAUAACAUGGAGAACUUCGCUCAUUUUCAAAUCUUUGUGAUUCUCGUUGGUGCAACGGCAACUGCUUGCAUGUGCUACACAGGAAUCUAUAGCACCACGCAGUAUGAGCAAAGGGAAGGUUUUGUGGAAAGCAGUGAGACGGGAAGCGUUGAGAGAGUCUUCUCAUGGUCCUCCAUAAUUUCGCUCACCAGGCAGAUCCUGACCCAGAGAAAUUUCUUACUCUUUGUGACCAUGAACUUCUUUCAAGUCUUCCACUUGGCUUUCUGCAGCAAUUUCAUGAUGAUCUUUGCAGACAAUCUCAUCCCUAAGGAUGUUCUUUCUUCUUCCGUCCGAAGCAUCAUGUAUGGGGCAGGUUUCAUUUGCCCUCAGUGCCUUGUGCUAAUUAGCCAAUCUCCAUUGAAGAAAUUUGGUUACUAUAAGGUUGUCUUGUUUUCCUUCUAUUUGGAAGCAGUAGCUGCAGUGCUCAUGUUUCUUCUAGGCCCAGACCACUACUACCUGUUGGCUAUUUAUCUCACCACGAACAUGGUAAUCGUUCAAGCUUCUUUCAGCCUCUUUAAUUUGCCUUUGGCGGAUAUUGUUGAUGCAGAUUUGAAGAAACAUAAACGGAGAUCACCACUUUCCUCCAUGGUUUUUGGAACAAAUGCCUUAUUUACAAAGCCAGCCCAGUCUCUAGCUCCUAUGCUCGUUGUUACUAUGCUCAAUCAAUUUGGAUAUGCGAAUCUGAAUAGUAAACUUGCGCAGCCUGACCCAAAUUUGUUCCUGGGCCUCCAUGAUGCCAUGUUCUACAUGAUCUGCCUCGUUCCUCUUUGCAUUGCAGCCAUACAGAUUCUCACAUGGACCCCCUUCUCCAUCCAGAACAGUCAUCUGACACCCAUACACACUGAGAUGUGAAUGUGAACUGGGAAUUUUGGUAUUCCAUUUGACCCACUAGCCGAAUUUGGAUAGAACAACUGACUUGCCAUGACUCUUUAGACUAGUGGGUCACAUGCCACCUGAACGGUUCCUCAUCUGUUAUAGAAAGCAAGGAUCCUUCUAGUUGAAUAUUAGUAACAGAUUGGAUAGAUGUUAAAGAUGUCAUGUAGACCUGCUGGGUACAUUAUUAGGUCUCUGCCUCGGCACCUGAGCAAUACCAAACACAUCUCCUUUGAUGGAAUUCUGCAGACUAAGGUUCUUUUUAAAGGGAGACCCCAUAAUCACUUAAAAAAUUGUGAUUGUUAACUCCUUUAAUCCAAAAUGGUGGACAGCUACUUAUCCAUUUUCUGCCAUUCAAGAUCAGCCAAAUAUAUGGACACUUGCUUCGUGUUUUUGGAUGCAGGAUUGGAAAACUUAGGUUUUUGAGGGUGACUAUUUGCACGUAUUCUCCAGCAUUGGUAUGCACUGUGCCUUGUAGUGACAAUCUGUAUUGAGAGGAUCGUAUUGUAAGUGAUCUCCAGUGUUGCACAGUUGAUCAUAUACUUCUCUGUAUGUAAAAAGAGUGUGAUGGGGAUUUUUUUUAAGGCACAAGGGGGAAAUGCAUGUUGACUUUCUCUCCCUAACUGGCAUUACAUCUGCAAAACGUGGUUACACUAAAUGGGAAAAAAAAGGAAGAACUCUAGAAGAAGAGAACAGGGUGGAACAAUGGUUUAUUGUCCUGAGAUGCAGGACAACAGUUUUUUUACAAUGUUAAAUUUGGGUUGGUGGAGCCAUGGAAAACGUUCUUUUGGAUCUGGAUUUUCUAGCUGUUUGAUCCUGUGGAAACAGGAAUAGGCAAGUGUAAGAUAAGGCAAGUGUGAGAUUAUAGUGUUGAGACGUUUACUCUUUUCCAAUACAGCCUUUGACUUUUUCAGGCGUCCUUAGUCUUCCUUUGAGCAGCUGAGUACAGCAUUUUGAGAUUGUCUCUGUUAAAGCCUUGUUCUAGUUCUUGUCUUCUGAACUGACUUUAUGAUGCAUGAAAAACAAAUGCCACCUGAUAAGGUCUGAAUGAUACCAUAAUAAAUCCUGUCAGCCUGUCCUUUAAUGUGA